UUAGCUGUAUCUCUCUCGCAUAAUCUCAAUUAAUUUAAAACACCUCUAUCCUUCUCCCUCUUCGGUUGUGUGCUUUGAGAGUAGAACUACUGUAAGAGAGAGACAGUGUGUGUGUGUGAGAGAGAUCGAUCUUCGCCCUCGCCCUUGAGAGAGAAUCAGAGAUGGAGCGGUGCUUUCAUGACUUUUACUAUCGUGCACACCACUUGAUCAAAAUAGAAGAGCUGAAAAAAGAUGGUAAGAAGAAAGUAUUUUGCUGGUGUUGCUACCAACCAAUUUGGGGUUCCCUCUACAACUGCGUCGAAUGUGGUAACCGCCCCGUUCACAUGUACAAUCCCAUCCAGCAUUGCUUGGAAUUCACGAAAAAGCUGGAAUUAAAUGAUGGCAACAACAAAGGUGUUUGCUGGAGGUGCGACAAACCAGUAUUGGGUUCUGCUUACACAUGCUUCGUCUCCGAAUGCGGCUUCGUCAUUCACACAUCAUGCAUCCAGCAAUUUAAAUCUCAUCAGAUAAAUCACCCUCUACACCCAGACCAUACCCUUUCUCUCCAACGGCGAGAUAGUAAUCGUUGUGAUGCGUGUUGUAGAUCUCACAAUAGCUCUUCCUUUUACAAAUGUGAUUCGUGCAAUUUUCAACUCGACGUCGAGUGUGCUAACCACUUUCCGAUUAAUCCUAAUGACUGCCACCGCCACGAAUUUUCUCCCAUCUGGAAGCAGAUCCAGUUCAAUUGCGAAGCCUGCGGAGAGGAAAUCACUAACUUCGCCUACAGAGUAUGCAAUAUCUGCAAACUCUUGGUUCACGAUAGAUGUGCUAAAUUUCCACGCACCCUCAAAAUUAAGCCGCACAAUCACUUACUCAAACUCAUCUAUUCUCCUCAUGAAAUCAAGAAGCGUCCCAACAUGAUGUUCUGUAGAAUCUGCUAUGACAAGGUGAGUACAGAGUAUGCAGCUUACUAUUGUCAGAAAUGUAGUUAUGUUGUCCACUUGCAAUGUGUAGAACGCUAUAAGGAUAUCUACAAGGAGGAGUCGCCUGGAACUAGUGAGUCGGUGCCCAACGAAGCAACUCAUUUGAUCAAGGCACUCAGUCAAUCAGAGGACGGAGGACCUCACCCUCAGGAGAUCCAACAUUUUAGCCAUCAAAAACAUAAGUUAAUCAUCUGCAAUAUUGAUGAGAUCAGUGAUGAUAAGCUUUGUCAGGGAUGUAUGGAAUUCAUAAUUAAAGCUCCGUUUUACAACUGUGCGGAAUGCAAUUUCUUUCUCCACACUCGCUGUGCUAAACUUCCUACAAGGAUUCUGCAAUACCAGCUUGACAACUUUCACAAUCUCACCCUCCUCCCAAAGGCAUCUACCAAGAGUGGCGGGUUCUUUUGUGAUAUUUGUUCUCGUCAUCAUCGUGGCUUCACCUACAAAUGCGACUCGUGUUGGAAGCACAUUGGCGUUCAAUGCGGCUCAAUUCCAGAAAUCCUUAAACACCAAGGUCAUCGGCAUCCCCUUCGCUUUGCUCUAAAUUCUCAAAGGAAAUGCAAUGCUUGUUCUAAAGACAAAGAGAAUUCUGUAUUCGUAUGCACAAGUUGUGAUUUCGCCUUGGGAAUUAGAUGCGCAAAUCUUCCACUGAUAGCAAGGCAUACAUAUGAUACACACCUCCUCAAGCUCACUUCUGCCAUUGAAAACGACUCUGGAUAAUAUUAUUGUCUAAUUUGUGAAGAAGAAAGAGACCCAAAUCACUGGUUCUAUUAUUGCAAAGAAUGCGACUUUUCCGCUCACGUCGAAUGUGUUCCUUGGAGUCAUGUCGAAUGUGAUAUUUGGAACCAGCCAUGCACUGGAAUUGGAAGUACGAACAUGCGUGAAGAUUUCGAGAAGCGUCAUUCUUAUGUCCAUAAGUCUAAAUGCGAUUUUUGCCGCGAUCAUUUUGUCCAAGCGGCAAAAGAAUAUUUGCUAAUGCGAUUUAAAGGUCCAUCCUCGGAGACCAUUCUUCUAUGAUUGGUUUCAUGUCUUCUGAUGAACAAACUCGGCUGGGCUAUUUGUACUACUUUACUGUUUGAUUUUUAGUGUGUUUCUUUCUUGUUGAAAAGCACGUGUAUGAGAAGCAUAUUUAUGUUUA